GAAUCUGCUUGAUAUGGAUACAUUUUCAAAGUCAGACCCAAUGUGUGUUAUGUUCAUACAACCUAUGGGAACUAAAAACUUUGUUGAGUUUGGCAGAACAGAGGUGAUAUGGGACAACCUUAAUCCUGAUUUUGUCACAAAAUUUGUAUUAGAUUAUUUCUUUGAAGAAAGACAAGAAUUAAAAUUUGAAUUAUAUGAUGUAGACUCAAAAAGCAAAGACUUAAGAAAGCAUGACUUUCUAGGUGCUGCAACUUGUGCCCUGGGUGCAAUAGUUGGAUCUAAUGGGGGAAGGAUGACUUUACCUCUCAGUGGUCUUGCCAAGAAUGCUGGUACUAUCAUUUUACAAUGUGAAGAGUUAUCUGACUGUAGGGAUUUAGUGACAAUGCAGUUCAAAGGAGAAAAACUUGAUAAAAAAGAUUUCUUUGGUAAAUCAGAUCCAUUUCUGGUGUUUUAUAGAUGUAAUGAGGAUGGAUCGUACACAAUUUGUCACAAGACCGAGGUGAUUAAAAACACAUUGAAUCCUAAUUGGAAACCAUUUAGUAUAAUGGUUAGAUCACUAUGUAAUGGUGACUAUGAUAGGACUAUUAAAGUGGAGUGUUAUGACUGGAAUAGUAGUGGCAGUCAUGAAAUAAUUGGUGAGUUUACUACUAGUCUACGGCAGUUAUCACAAGGUCCAGGAGCUGGAAACCAUUAUGAGUGUGUUAAUAAAGUAAAACAGAAAAAGAAGAAGAGUUAUAAGCAUUCUGGCAUGAUUACAUUACUGAGUUGUAGUGUGGAACCACAGCAUUCAUUUUUGGAUUACAUCAGAGGAGGAACUCAACUCAAUUUCACAGUUGCUAUAGAUUUUACUGCAUCCAAUG